CUCAGCCUUCUCUUGAAUAGCCUUGAUAGUCUACCGGAAAUGCGAGAAAGAAGAGGAAGCUGCUCGAGUCGACCGGAAGUCUUGUAAAUAGCUGCAGCUGUGGAUGACAAACCAAGAUGGCUGGCAGCAGACUAGAGAAGUUUGGGACUGUAUUCUCCAGGGUUCGAGAUCUGAUGCGCUCUGGGGUCAUAAAGCCAUCAGAGAAACCCAUCUGGUAUGAUGUAUAUGAGGCUUUUCCACCCAAGAGGGACCCACUUCAUGUGAAGCCCAACACCAGAGCCUUUACCAAGACACAGGAAACUGUUCCUGAAAUCUUCUACAGAGAGGAUGAAGUCAGAGCGAAGUUCUAUGAGUGCUUUGGGACAGGUCCCUGGGCUUUUGAUCUGUCCAAACCAAACUUUGUUUCUACAUGUCAAAGGUUUGUAGAGAAGUACAUGGACUUAAAGAGCCAGAGUGAUCUGGAUGACUCCGCUCUGUUUGAAGAGACGUGGAAGGCUUUUCUCUCAGAAGGCAUCGUGCUGAGAAGGAGAGGAACUGCUCCUGUGUCAGCAGAGUCCAGGGAUGCAGUGCUCAAGCUGAAACUAACAGACAUGUUGGCAGAGCUGCAGUCAGUGGGUGCAGACAGCGAGAAGAUAACAGACACUAAACACACACCAUAGACCUCAGCAGCUCAAGGCCUCUCUGAUAAGCUGCAGAUGCUCUUUGACUUUAAGAAGUUGUGUUUUUGCUGCUCCUCUGGAAGUGAUGGUCAUCUGUAGUAAUGGCUUUAUUUUAAACACCAAGUCAUGUCAUACCUGUCAGUGAUGUCCCUUGACAUCAGGAAGUGCUCUGUGGGCUGACAGGAUGCCAGCUUCAUGUUUCCUAAACUGAUGUCAUUUUCCACAGUGCACUGCAGCACCAGCAGGAUGCUAUCUGUCAUAUAAGGAUCAAAGGAGCGAUUAUUCCUGAGUUGACAUUUAAGUGGAAAUAGUCCAAAAACAUACUGUAUGUUGUGUGGAAGUAUAUAACUGUGUGUGGAAAUAAAAUGUGAAAUUAAAGUUACUUUUAUAACAUC